AGAUGAGGGGCGGGAUGGGCCGGCUUCUAGCCUGGAGUCCGGGGAAGGUGAGCGUGCAGGCGGCGAGGUGGUAGUGAUUGUGCCACCGCGCGUGUGGAGGGAAGGAGAGAAGUCAGGAAAUAAAGAGGAAAAGGAGCGAUGCAGAUCUCGGGAAGAACUACUAGACCUUCUUAGUCUUGGCUGAGCCCUGGAGAGACCAGGCCCUCAGCCUCCGUUCAGCUCCAGACACGCAGCUUCUCCAGGCAGCCUUGCUUCACAGCAGGGAUUGCUCCUCAAGCUCACCCCGGACAACGUCACUUGGUGGUGGAGGAGAACUGUGAGACGGUGGCUGGAAGUCAGGUCGUAGCCACUUGCCUGUCACUGCCCAGCUGAGUGGCAGCCCAGAGCCCAGGAAGAGCAAGUGGCCGCAGGUCACAGACUCAGAGAGAAUAUGAGUGUGGGGGUGAGCCCCGCCACACCCCUCCCUCCAGCCUCAGACACCAACGUGGUCACGUCCACCUUCAGCCUGGUGGACUAUGUGGUCUUUGUCCUGCUGCUGGUUCUCUCCCUUGCCAUCGGGCUCUACCAUGCCUAUCGUGGCUGGGGCCGACAUAGCAUCGGCCAGUUGCUGUUGGCAGACCGCAAAAUGGGCUGCCUUCCUGUGGCACUGUCCUUGCUGGCCACCUUCCAGUCAGCUGUGGCCAUCCUGGGUGUGCCGUCCGAGAUCUACCGAUUCGGGACCCAGUAUUGGUUCCUGGGCUGCUGCUAUUUCCUAGGAUUGCUGAUCCCAGCACAUGUCUUCAUCCCCAUCUUCUACCGCCUGCAUAUCACCAGUGCCUAUGAGUACCUGGAGCUCCGGUUCAAUAAAGCUGUGCGUGUUUGUGGAACUGUGACCUUCAUCUUUCAGAUGGUGAUAUAUAUGGGGGUCGUCCUCUAUGCUCCAUCCUUGGCGCUCAAUGCAGUGACUGGCUUUGAUCUGUGGCUGUCAGUGCUGACGCUAGGCAUCGUCUGUACCAUCUACACUGCUCUGGGUGGACUGAAGGCAGUCAUCUGGACAGAUGUCUUCCAGACACUGGUCAUGUUCCUAGGGCAGCUGGCGGUUAUCAUUGUGGGGUCGGCCAAGGUGGGCGGUUUGGGGCACGUGUGGGAAGUGGCUUCCCAGCAUGGCCUUAUCUCUGGAAUUGAGCUGGAUCCGGACCCGUUUGUGCGGCACACAUUCUGGACACUGGCCUUCGGGGGUGUCUUCAUGAUGCUCUCCUUGUAUGGAGUGAACCAGGCGCAGGUGCAGCGCUACCUCAGUUCCCGCACAGAGAAGGCUGCAGUGCUCUCCUGCUACGCCGUCUUCCCCUGCCAGCAGGUGGCGCUCGGCAUGGGCUGCCUCAUUGGCCUGGUCAUGUUUACCUACUACCAAGAGUAUCCUAUGAGCACCCAGCAGAGUCAGGCAGCCCCUGACCAGUUCGUCUUGUACUUUGUGAUGGAUCUCCUGAGAGGCCUGCCAGGGCUGCCUGGGCUCUUCGUCGCUUGCCUCUUCAGUGGCUCCCUCAGCACCAUAUCCUCUGCUUUUAAUUCACUGGCAACUGUUACAAUGGAAGACUUGAUUCGACCCUGGUUUCCUCAUUUCUCUGAAGUCCAGGCCACCAUGCUUUCCAGAAUCAUCGCCUUUGGUUAUGGGCUACUUUGUCUGGGAAUGGCCUAUAUUUCCUCGCAGAUGGGACCUGUGCUGCAGGCAGCCAUCAGCAUCUUUGGUAUGGUUGGGGGGCCGCUGCUUGGACUCUUCUGCCUUGGGAUGUUCUUUCCUUGUGCAAAUCCUCCUGGUGCCAUCGUGGGCCUGUUGGCUGGACUGAUUAUGGCCUUCUGGAUUGGCAUUGGGAGCAUCGUGACCAGCAUGGGCUCUGGCAGAGCACCCUCUCCCCCUAACGGGUCCAGCUUCUCCCUGUCCAGCAAUCUGACUGCUGUCACCAUGGCCACACUCAUGCCCUCGACUGCCGCCUCCAAGCCCACGGGGCUACAGCGGCUCUAUUCCCUGUCAUAUUUAUGGUACAGCGCUCACAACUCCACCACUGUGAUUGUGGUGGGCCUGGCUGUCAGUCUGCUCAGUGGGGGCAUGCGGGGCCGGACCGUGGACCCUCGGACCAUUUACCCAGUGUUGCCGAAACUCCUCUCCCUCCUGCCCCUGUCCUGUCAGAAGCGACUUCCCUGCAGAGCCCGCAGCCAGGACCUCUCCUUGGAAGCCGGUAUGUUUCCAGAGAAGAUGAGCAAUGGGAUGCUGAGGGGCAGCAGAGACCAGGUGGCCAUGGCCGUGACUGAGGAAGGCCCUGCCCAGCCGGGGAUCAGCCCCACCUUCAUCCUCCAGGAGACCUCACUGUGAUCCUGGGAUCACAGACUUGGGACCCAGACCCAGAGGCCCCCUGUGGUACAGGGAUGAAUUCCCUGUGUUCUGCAGGAGGAUCACAGACUGAGUGAUCUCAGCCACACCAAAGGACCUUGUUCUUGGGAGUUUGUGCUACAGUAGAAGCUGUCAUGUCACAGGAGGUGUGAGAGUAGGACAAGGUUUUUCCUUGUUCUUUGCCCAUUUGUUCUCUAGAGAACCAGACUUGCAGGGGGUACAAUUCUGCCAGAAAAAGGGAUAGAGGUAAAUCUCCUGGCAAAAGGAUAAUGGCUUCUGAUUCAGCAUCGCCAGGCUUCUUUGAAGUGAAUAGAAAUAGCUGUGCUGGGCCCACUCUGGCAAGAUUGAUGUGGAGCUGCCUUGGCCAGCUCUUGUGUCCCUUGCAGUCCCAUUGGAGCACAGGUCCUGUCAGCCACACAGGGCCCCGUGACACUACUUUCAGGUUGUCUGUGCUACUCACACAUUCUGAUCUGUCUACCUCCAUUCUUGAGAGGGAGGUUUUGGUGUCCCUGAGAGGCCUCUCGGAACACACAGGUACAUUCAUCUCCUUUGUGUAGAGUAGGGACGCUUUUCACCUCUCUGACCCACCCCCUACCUUUGCAGUGGGCACUUGGGGAUGGGGUGGAUGUUGAUCCGAGAACUAGGGCAUGACCAGGUCCACUGUGGAGUGCGCCGUCCAUCUAACUCCUGAGCCAUGCCACCCCCGUGUCAUUUGGUCAUUCAUGCUCCUGUUUCCUUUUGGAGUUUCUUACCCACCUAUCUUUGUUCCUAAGGAAUAAAAACUGCCACUGGGCUAGAAUCUGGGUUCCUGUACUGUCUGCACCUGCUCUGGUCCACCGUAGUCCUGUCCCUGGCGAGGGUGAAGAGCCCCUCCCAUGCACAGGUCUUCCCCUGCUGAGGAGAGACCUGCAGGGACCAAGGGUGGCGUGGUGAGGUUUCUCAUCUCUGGCUGGUAUGCAUGUCUACAGCGGUAACGUGUUCAUACUUUCCUCUGCUGCUUCUCUUCCCCAUGUGGCUCAGUCUGUUCCCUGUCCUGCCCACUUGUCCGUGACCAGAACAAUCUGCUGCUCUGAGGAUUUCCACUUUGGGGGCAGGAGGAAGAAGGUUGCUGUUUAGCAUUUACAUUUAAGGUGGACUUUUAUGGUCUUGUGAAGAACACUCUGCUCAUGCCCACCCACACUUGGUCUCUGUCUCUGCUUGGCCCCCUCCAGCUGCCCAGAGCACAAGCUCUUCAGGCCCCUCUUGACAGCCCCUCACCUUGGUGCUGAGGGCCACAGCUCAGCCUGUUUCCCUACCCCACCAAGCUGCUAGGGUUCUAGCCCUAGCCAGGCUCUCAUUCAUUCCUUUUUUUUUUUUUAAAUUUUUUAAUUAUGAAAGUAUGAUAACACAUUUACAGGAGACUUGGAAAAUACAGAACAAGGUUGCAUAUAGUUCCAAUAUAUAUUACAGUUAUUUUAAGUAGAUAAAUUAAGACUUCUAGUUGGAGUUUCAUCAUUUAUUCAACAUAUUUAUCCAUCACCCGCUUCAUGCAAGGGCCUCACCUUGGCUGCCAUCUCACAGCUAAGGAAUGACUGUGCCACCCAGGGACCCUGCACCAGGUCCCUCCACUGGCAUUUCAGAGUGGCCCCUUUUUGUCUCCGAUUCCUGUAUUUUAAAACUAUUUACAUAGAAAAGGGGGGCUGCUACAAGACUCAGAACUUUCACAAGUUAUAUUAAAAGGGAAUAAUAGAGAUUCAUUCUCCAUAUAAGUAAUUCAAACUAUAACAACACAGUGCAUUCUCUCUGGGAGAUGGUGACGGACAGGGAGGCCUGGUGUGCUGCAAUUCAUGGGGUCUCAAAGAGUCGGACAUGACUGACUGAUCUGAUAGCAACACAGAUGUUUCUUCGCUUCUAGUGCAGUAACUUAUCUUCAUGCAGAAAAGUAGCAUUUAAUGAUUGGGGGUGGAGUCUAAUGGACUGAUCUGGAUUCAAAUACUGGUUCAUCCAUCCACCUAACCUUAAGCUUCAGUUCCUUCAUCUAUUAGGUGUGAAUUUCACAAAGAUUCAGAUUGACGCAUUCCUUAAAUGCCAGUUAUUGUAAUUGCAGUUUUUGAAGCACUUUUCAUGACUACCUGAUUUUAUACUUUGGGAGAGAAGUACACACCAUGUCCUCUGCAUUUUCAUGUAUCAGGUAACUGGAGUGCUUGUCUAGUGAUUGGCUGAAGCAGGGCUAGAACCCAGGUCUGUGACUCAGUGGCCUACCAAAGUCACAUCUCUUGUCCUGGAAGCUGUGUCCUUUGGGAUAGGGUGCACACGCAGGUGAUAGGGUCUGUCCUGACACAGCAGUCUGGAGAACAAUGAUGUAUUAAAUGGGGUGCUACUGUAACAUCAUUCUAGAACCUUCCUAGGUCACUGGCCUUCAAACCUUGCUUGAGACCCACAAUAAAGUGUUUCACAGUAUGACCCAGUA